CUCGGGGCCGGCGGUUUCCCGGGCGAUGGGUGGGGAGAGGAGGAGGAGGAGGAGGAGGAAGAGAGGUCCCCGCGGCUUUUAUCUCCCACCCGGCUCCGCCUGCCGCCGGCUGCUGCCCGUCGCCGCUCCGCGCCGCUCCACUCUGCUCCGCUCCGCUCCGCACGGCCGGGCGCAGUGACGGCCAGGGCAGCGCCCAUGGGCUGCGGCAACUCCACAGCCGGCGGCGCGGGCGGGCGAGGUGCCACAGGGACUACUAAAGAUGUAGCAGAAGAAUCCGUAUCAGAUGAUGACAAAAGGAGGAACUAUGGUGGUGUGUAUGUUGGCCUGCCAUCAGAUGCGGCUGCUGUGGUUUCCAGUCAGACAAAAGCUGCACCGAAAGGUAGUGGAAGAUUAGAAGGAAGUAAACAUAUUGAGAUGCAAACAGGUGGAGUUGUCUACUAAGACCAGUUGCCAGUGCUUUAGAGAGAGUUGUCUUUGUGCUGAAGAGUUUUAUAUUUACAUAGCCUUCCGGAGAGCAAGAGAGAUUAGAGCACCAAAAUACCUAAACUGUUCCAAGUUCCAACUACGGGUAAAGCUCGAAAUACAGCGUUGAAUAUGUUUCCUAUGAUGGUUGUGUUACGGAAACCUCCUGCUGUUCUCCAGUGGAAAGGAAAUUAAUGAACUCACGGUGGAUGUUUCUGCACAAGAGCUAACUUUGAUGGUCUGCAAAUUAUUUCCCUGUGGCCAUAUUGCAGAUUUCAUCAGCUAUCAACUACGCUUCAUAUAUUUUCUCCAACAAUUUUUUGAUAGAUUUUCUAUAGAAAACCAUUACUACUGUCCACUUAACAGUACCUAUGGUAGGUUCCUGUAAGUUAAUUGUUAAUUUACUUCAGAGUAAUAUAUUUGACAAGUCUACAUCUUUUUGGUAAUACUGCAAAUUUUAAUAUUUUUGCUGUGAAAACUUAAGACUAGGUUAAAAUAAGCAUAAGGCUAUUAGGUUCUUUGUAAUUACUACUGUCACUUUUCUACAGUGAGACAAAUAUUCAUGUUUAAUUUUCACCUUUUAAGAAGAUAUUGUCAAGGAAAUUUAUUUAAGAACAGUGUACUUCAUCGUAAUAUUUACAUGUCUGGUUUUAAUUUCUUCAACUUUGUCUCUUUUAUAAAGCAUUACAUGGAGAAAAAUACUGAUGAACCAAA